UCUGCUUGAGAAAUACACGUUCACUCAGCAAAACAAAAACAACUUUUAAAGGUUGUUCGUGGUGGAAAUCACUCUAUGCCCUAUUACCUGCUUGAGUGAAACCAGACUAAGAACUUCUGUCAUGGCAGCUUUUCUGCUGGGAGCUGUGUUGCUUAUUGUUCACCCUCAGAUAGUGCCUUCCAGACCAGCUAUAAAUUCGAAUGCUGAGACUUCUUCCCAAUCUGUUCAGAGUGAGCUUUUAAAGAAAACAUCUCAGAAAAAUGACUUCAAGGAAAACAUUCAUUCUAAUGGAUCGUGCCGGCAGCUGCCACAGACUAUUAUUAUUGGAGUGAGAAAAGGCGGAACAAGAGCUUUGUUAGAGAUGCUGAGUCUCCAUCCAGAUAUUGCAGCAGCAGAAAGUGAAGUUCACUUCUUUGACUGGGAAGAUCAUUACAGAAAUGGAUUGCAGUGGUAUAUUAAUCAAAUGCCAUUCUCUUAUCCCCAUCAGAUCACCGUGGAAAAAACUCCAGCAUAUUUCACAUCACCUAAAGUGCCUGAAAGAGUUUAUAACAUGAACCAAUCAAUGAGACUACUCCUUAUUUUAAGAGACCCAAGUGAGAGAGUAUUAUCAGAUUACACCCAAGUGUUCUACAAUCACAUGCAGAAGCACAAGCCGUAUCCAUCUAUUGAACAAUUCCUGAUUAAAGAUGGUGAACUCAAUGUGGACUACAAGGCAAUAAACAGAAGCUUAUACUACAUUCACAUGCAGAACUGGCUGAAGUAUUUUCCCCUUGAUCAUAUCCACAUUGUAGAUGGGGAUAAACUAAUCAAAGAUCCCUUCCCAGAAAUAGAGAAGGUAGAGAGAUUUUUGAAGUUAUCACCACAGAUAAAUGCUUCAAACUUUUAUUUCAAUAAAACAAAAGGCUUCUACUGCCUAAGGGACAGUGGUAGAGAGCGCUGUUUACAUGAGUCAAAAGGCCGAGCACACCCACAAGUAGAUACUCGAUUACUUGAGAAACUGCAUGAAUAUUUCCAUGAACCCAACAAAAAGUUUUUUGAGCUUGUGGGCAGAACGUUUGACUGGCACUCAUUUGUGGCAAGUUAGUGGUAGGCGUCAGAACCUAUGUUCCAGUGUACAGUUAGAAAUUUUACAAAGGGCAUUUAAGCUAUAAUUUAUUUGUAAAAUCCAUAAAUACUUCUGUAAAGUAUUAGAUUCACAAUUGCCAUAUAUACUAGUUAUAUUUUUCUACUUGUUAAAUUUGAAAGCAUUUUGUAUUGUUUUUCAUGGUUGUUAACAUUGUGUAUGAUGUGUCUAUAUGAAGAAACUAAAUUAUUUCAUUGCAGAA